GACAGACACGAAGAAGAGACGACGGAGAGGAAAAAUGUCAAAUAGGGAUUUAUUGUUUUUCUAAAAAAGACUCUUUCUUUUCUUUUCCAGCUGUUUCUUCUCCCGACUCUGCCUGCAAAGACAAACAUAAGGAAUAUUUCUUCUGCGGUUCAUAGUGAAUAUAAAGGUCUUCUACCUCAGCCUCAGGAUUAUGGUGGAGCUUGUUCCCUCUGAGGAUCUAACGGAGGAUCAAACAUGCUGAAAUGUAAAGUUGACAGUUGUCUCUGGUUCACCUCUCUGCUGCUGCUGCUUCAGGAUCUGAGCAGUGCAGCUCCCUCAGGGAACCAGUCCAUCCCAUGUAGCAUCUCCGUGUCAGAACCAGUAUCCGGCCUGGACUCCAUCUCUCUGACCGUCCUCACUGCUGGACCCGACUGCUCCUUCAACGUCUCCUCUCAGGACGCAGGAGCCGACGGCGCCGAGUGUAUGAGAAGAAGGAGACGAGAAAGGAGAGGAGACGAGGAGGUAGAGACUAAUGAGAUCGGAGGAAGAGAGCGAGGAGAGGAGGAGGCGAAGGAGGAGAUAGGAGAUAACUAUCUGGGAACAAACCAGCUAGGAGAGGAUGGAGGGAGCAAGGAGGGAGGAGAGGCUUUUACCUGUGUGCUGGACCAGCUGGAGCCUGGAACCACCUACCAGCUGGAGAUCAGGUCCCAGAGAGACCAGGAGACGGCUAACGUCACGCUGCAAACCAAGCCGUCGGCGGUCAGCGGCCUGGCUGUGACCUCCAGGACCAGCAGCAGCCUGGGACUUUCCUGGCAGGCCGGCCCGGGAAGAACGCAGCGCUUCAGGCUGCAGCUGUGGGAUCAAACUGGUCUGCUGGGGAACGAGACGUUGGAGAGCACGGCGACGCAGCACACGCUCCUCGGCCUGAUGCCGGGCCGGCUGUACAACGUUACCAUGGUGACGGAGGCCGGCGGGCUGCAGAACAGCCAGACGACGGCGGCUCGGACAGUUCCCGCCGCCGUCGCCAACCUCACCGUCGACCACAGCAACAGCACCGGCUUGUUGUUGUCAUGGCAACAGCCCGAAGGCGACCUGGACGCACUGAUGGUCACCGUCUCGGCCAAUGGCACGAGCUUCUGGGAUGCGACUCUCCCGCCGGACGGAACCGAGGUCGCCGUUGAUCAGCUGACCCCCGGCUCGGCCUAUCAGGUGGCAGUGACGACAAGGAGCGGCCAGCUGACGAACCAAUCAGAGAUCAGCGUCCGGACAGCUCCGGCGGCGGCCUCCAUCCUCUCCCUGACUCCCUCCUCCUCUUCCUCCGGAGGCCUCCUCCUCUCUUGGUCGCCCCCCACUGGCCACUGGGAGAACUACAGGCUGCUCCUCUUUGAUGGCUCCCAGCAGUUAGUCAGCACCGCCCUGGACCGAGAGGCAACCAACUACAGCUUCCCCGGGACGGGCCUAACUCCUGGAAGGAUGUACAGAGCCGAGCUGAGAGUGGAGAGUGGAGGACUGAGGGCCGAGAGCAGCUGUGAGAGAGCAACAGCUCCGGCGGCCGUGUUGGACCUCCACAUACGACACUCUGACGAGACCUCGCUCAGCGCCAUGUGGAGCCACGCUGCCUCUGGGUCACGUGACAGCUACUUCCUGACCAUUCGCCACGGCAACGUCACCGUGGAUACCAGGGAGGUGGAGCCAAACAUGAGGGAGUGCACCUUCAAUGUGCUCACACCUGGGAGGCUGUACACCAUCACCGUGACAACCAGGAGCGGAAAACUCAACACCUCCGUGUCACUGGAGGGGAGGACAGUUCCCAUGGCGCUGCGUGCCCUCACUGUGAGGAGCUCCGGGGUCAACAGCCUCCAGGCAUCAUGGGAAAAACCACCAGGAGACGUGGACUCGUUCACUCUGACUCUGCUGCAGGACAGUGUGGUGCUUCAGAACCACAGUGUUCCAGUGGGUUCUUCCUCUCUGCUGCUCGCUGGUUUGACCCCCGGCGCCCCCUACAGGCUGCAGGCCGCCACCGUCAGCGGAGACCUGAGGUCUGAGAGCAUCGGACUGGAGGGCCGAACAGCCCCGGCGUCGGUCUCCGAGGUAGCGGUUUCUAACGGCGGCAGGUCGGACGCCCUGCGGCUGUCGUGGCGCCCGGCGGUGGGCGUGGUGGACACCUACCAGGUCCGUCUUCUGGACGGGAGUCGAACCGUCCACACGCUGUCCGUGUCUCGCUCCUCGCCGCCCGAGUGCUCCUUCAGCUCGCUGGUCGCCGGGCGACUGUACUCGGUCGUCAUAGUGACGAGGAGCGGCGGCCUGGAGAACGCCACCACGGUUCAAGCACGAACACAACCGGCCACCGUUCAAAACCCGACAGCUGUUCACUCUGCCAGAGACGACUUCCUCAAGGUGUACUGGCGUCAUGCAGCAGGAGACCUGGAUCACUACGUGGUUCUGAUCUGUUACAACAACAGCGUCCUGCAGAACAAGAGCGUCUCCGCCGGACACAACGAGUGCGUCUUCUCGUCCCUGUCGCCGGGCAGACUCUACACCGUCACUGUGGAAACCUGGAGCGGGGAGUACGUCGGCAGCGUCUCCACCGACGGACGCACAUUUCCAGCAGCUGUUGGGAAUCUGUCGCUCGGCAACGCAGGUACAGGUGAUCUGACCGUCACCUGGAGCCCCGCCCCCGGAGACGUGGACCACUAUGAGGUGACUCUUCUCUUCAACGACACUCGUGUUUUCCCUCCGGUCACGUUGGGCAGCGACGUGCGACGCCACCGGCUGACCUCUCUGACCCCCGGCCGUCUUUACAAGAUCGUGGUGUCGACGUUCAGCGGGCCGAACCAGAGAGCAGAGUUCAUCGAGGGGCGGACAGUUCCCAGUGCAGCUGGUAACCUCCACCUGGCUCCUCGGUCCGGACUGACGGACUCCGUCGGUGGGCUGCUGGUCUCCUGGACUCCUGGAGGCGGAGACCUGGACAUGUACAUCGUCUCCUUGUCCACCACGGAUGGCGUCGUCAUCGAGACUCGCCCCGUCCCUAAACACGUCUCCUCCCUGGACUUCCUGGAUCUGAUCCCAGGCCAGGCCUACACCAUCACCGUCCAAUCGCUGAGCGACAAGCUGACCAAUAGCAACAAAGCCACCGGCAGAACCGCUCCGGCCCGAGUCACAGCCCUGCAGGCGGACAACGACCACACCACCCACAGUCUGACGGUCAGCUGGGAGCGGCCCGUGGGCGUGUACGACGGCUACAGUCUGCAGCUAUUGGACGAGAGCCGCUCCGUCCUGGCCAAUCGGUCGGUGUCUGCGGAGAGUCGGAGCGAGCGUCUGGAGGGUCUGACUUCAGGGAGGUGGUACCGGGUGAAGGUGACCACGCUCAGCGGGGGGGUCCCGUCGGCGGAGGCCACAGCGGACGGACAAACACGUCCGGCUGCCGUCAGUAAUCUCACCGUCGUUUCGUCCAACACCUCCUCUCUCUCCUUCUCCUGGCGUCCCUCAGAAGGUCACGUCGACAUCUACGACCUGUCGCUCUACAGCGUCGCCGAGGCAACAGCCAAUCACGGGCAGGAGGCCGCAGGGAGCAGGAAGGAGCGUCAGCAGGUGCUGGGUGAGCCGCUGGACCUGCAGAAAGUCGGUCCAGCUGCAGACAGAUGUGUUUUCUCGGGGCUGCGAGCAGGAAGUCUGUACCGACUGCAGGUGGUGAGCUGGAUUAUUAUUAUUAAUCAUCUUGAUCGUUUCUUUUUUCCUACAGUCCCGUCUUCAGUUGCGUCUCUUCAGAGUUCAGGACGGACGGACAGACUGACGGUCAGCUGGCAGCACGGAGUGGGAAGCUGGAGCAGCUAUCAGGUGGUAUUGUACAGCAUCUCUGGAGCCACUCUGGGAGCCCAGACGCUGGGGGCGGAGCAUAACAGUCACAUGUUCUCAGGGCUCGUCCCUGGUAGGCUGUACCGCAGUGAGGUCAUCACUCACAGCGGGGAACUGACCAAUAACAUCUCAGCGUUCGGACGCACCUCUCCAGAGCCGCCCACUCACCUGUCCGUCAAACAAGGCCCGACCAAUGACUCGAUAGAGCUGUCGUGGUCCGGUCCCGCCUCUGGAGACUAUGACAGCUUCAGCCUGCAGUGGACUCCUCCGGACGGCCUGUCCGUCACACAGACACACCUGACCGGCCGCGUGGUGGGCGGGAUGUUUCCGGGGCGGAGGUACAACUUCACCAUGGUGACCGUCUGUGGGGGCGGAGCCAAGGGCGGGCCUUCCGUCAGGAGCCAGCCAAUCCAGAGGAACGUCAGGACAAGUCCGUCUCCUCUGAAGUCCAUCCACUGCUUCCCUCUCUCGUCCUCCUCCCUCUCCUGCUCCUGGUCUCCUCCUCCCUCCGACUUCGACUCCUACGAGGUCGAGUGCCGUCGCCACGACGACGGGGAGCUGACCUCUGCCCUGCGGCUGGCGGGCGGCGUCACCGCGGUAACGCUGGACCACCUGGAGGCCUACAGGAAGUACUCUGUGACGGUCAGAGUGUCUUCAGCCGGACAGACGAGUCCGCCGUCAACACACACGACUGUUACCAUGAUAGACCGUCCUCCGGUCCCGCCCCCGAGCGUUCGUGUCGGCGAGAAGUCCUCGAAGCUCACGUCGUCCUCCAUCUUGUUCCGCUUCAACUGCUCCUGGUUCAGCGACGCCAACGGAGCCGUGAGAUACUUCACCGUCAUCGUGGCCGAGUCUGAUGCCAAUGAGAUGCUGCAGCCGGAGCAGCGCCACCCUCUGCCCUCCUACCGCGACUACGUCAGCAACGCCUCCGUCAGAGCGUAUCAGACCGCCUACUUCUCCAGCCGCUGCCCUCAGGACGCCACCGCCGGACAGGUGGUGGAGGUGAACCUCGGGGCGGGAGGGGAUCGGCUGGGCGGGGCCUGCGACCGUUACCACGACGACGACCUCUACCUGAGUGACAGCUACGGCAGCUUCUGUGACGGACCGCUGAAGGCCAAAACCUCCUACAGGCUGAGUGUGCGAGCUUACACCAGACUGUUUGAUGAAAACCACAGAGAGUUCCCUCAGCCGCUCUUCACCGACACGUACCUGUCCUCACCGCUCAGGACACACUCAGAGCCGUUGGGCGGCGUGGUGGAGGGUUUGAGUGCCGGGAUGUUCCUCAUCGGGAUGAUGGUCGCCGUCGUCUCUCUGCUGGUUUACAGACAGCGGCUACGCAAAGUGGCCGUCCAGGAGAACCCGGUGGUGAGGAUGAGCAUGUGGAAAGAGGUUCCAUCUUCAGGGUUGUAUCUCGGCGUUCGGAGUAAUCGUCGGGUCACCAGUCCCAUCAAAGCCGUUCACUUUGAGUCUCAUCUGAACAAACUGCAGGCCGACUCCAACUACCUGCUGUCUGAAGAGUUCGAGGAUCUGAAGGAUGUUGGAAGGAACCAAACGAUGGACGUCGCUCGACUGCCGGAGAACCGAGGAAAGAACCGCUACAACAACAUCCUGCCAUAUGAUUCCACCAGAGUGAAGCUGUCGUACCUGGAGGACGACCCCUGCUCCGACUACAUCAACGCCAGCUACGUACCUGGUAAUAACUACCGGCGGGAGUACGUGGCCACUCAGGGCCCUCUGCCCGGCACCAAGGAUGAUUUCUGGCGGAUGGUUUGGGAGCACGGCGUCUACAACGUCGUCAUGGUGACGCAGUGCGUUGAGAAAGGACGGGUGAAGUGUGAUCAGUACUGGCCUGCAGACAGGGAGCCUCUGUACUACGGGGACCUGGUCCUUCAGAUGCUGUCUGAGUCCGUCCUCCCAGAGUGGACCAUCAGAGAGUUCAAGAUCACCUCGGAGAGCGGCUGCAGUUACCCUCGGGUGCUGCGUCACUUCCACUACACCGUGUGGCCGGACCACGGAGUCCCCGAGAGCACCCAGUCCCUGAUCCAGUUCGUCAGGACCGUCAGGGACUACGUGGACCGGUCGCCCAGCACCGGAGCCACCGUGGUCCACUGCAGUGCUGGUGUUGGCCGUACCGGGACGUUCAUCGCCUUGGAUCGGGUUCUGCAGCAGUUGGACUCUAAAGCAACCAUCGACCUGUACGGCUGUGUGUUCGACCUCCGGCUGCACCGACAACACAUGGUCCAAACCGAGUGCCAGUACUCCUUCCUGCACCAGUGUGUGCGCGACGUCCUCAGAGCCAGAAAACACCGCAGUGAACAGGAGAACCCUCUCUACCCCAUCUACGAGAACUUCAACCCAGAGUACUGCCGAGAUUUCAUCUACACUGGACGCUGAACGGACGAUGACGUCCGAUCAAGAGAAGAAACGUUUCUCCGUCGGUUCAUUCUGGCUUCAUAACAACGAUCUGAGUUAUUAGAGUUUCAUACACAUCAGAGGAGACAAAUGAACAUAAACAAUAAGCUUUAACAUCAAAAGUUCAGAAAAUAAACUGAAGCUUUAAACAAUCUCCAGUUUUUAUAAAAACACAUUUUAAUUAAAGAUAAACUUCAUGUGUUUGAUGGGAUUACAAGGACGCCUCUUUUAUUAGCUACACUCUCAAGUUAAUUAAUAUUUUGUUCAAUUUCUGACCAGUUGGCGACUUUUAAAAAUCUAAAAUGUCACAACAUAUUUUUUUAAAUGAUGUCUUAUUAAUUAAUGUGGCUAAUAAUAUGUUGAUCUCAGGUCGUUGGUGGUGACUCUAGCUUAGUUAUAGCAUUAUUAUAACUGAAUGAUCACAGGAAGGAAAAGAGCCAUUUAUAACUGUUCUCACUCACUGCUCCAUAUAAGCUGUUUAUUUAAAAAAGUUACACAUAUUGCUGUAUGUAAAUAUUGAUGUAAUGCUUUUUUAUAUAUAUGAUUAUAAACUGUAUGUCAACCAUUUUUUAUUAUGUGUAGCAUUGAGUUACUUCUAUUCUUGUCUCAUUUAUGAAAUCAAACAAUUGUCAAGUAGCUGUAAGAAUGUAUAACCUUCUGUAUUCAGGUAAUUACGAUUAUUAUUAUUAUUAUAACGUUUAAUUGUUUAAAACAUUCUGUCACAUUCUUCUAUGAAGUUGUUUAUGAACUUUGGACAUAAAAAGUCUGAUUACAAAGCGAGUCUUUUCCCCAAUCUUUUGAAAAAGCAUUAAUAAAUGACUGGAGUUCAGUUUGUCAACUCACUUUGGGAUGAAAAUAUUUGCUUUGUUGUUUAAAUAUUUGAGAAAUCUAGUGUCUAAAAAGUUCAUACUUGCAAGUCAAUAUCAUUAAAUAUAAUAUAUAAUAUAUUAUGAAUAUAAAUAGUUGAACACUUUUCUGCUGGAUGAUUUCCAGGGUGUUUAAAUGAUUUCUGCUCAUUAAAUGUAUUGUUUGGGUUUAAUUCUGAGGAUAUAAUGAUCAUUGGUGAUGGGCAAUCAUUCAUCUCUACGUGACGUUAGUGAGUAAAGGAUUUCACAUUCCUAGUGUAAUACAUUAAACCAGUUGUAUUAUUUUAUACAUCAUUUGUCAUAUUGGAUUAAUUCAUCAGAAAUAUGUUACAUUGAUACUAAAUCACCCAAACAUAAGAGAAUGUAAAUCAGUUUUUAUUGGAUCAUUAAAUGCUGAUUAAAAAAGCUGCC